AUGUCUGCAACAUCUGCAAGAAACGGUUCCUUCGCCGCGAGCAUUGCGUGCGCCAUCGACGCGGUCGUCAGUGCUCCCCACGCCCGUUAUUCUUUAGUGAAAUCCUCCAGUGCCCCCGCUGAACACUUUUUCUUUUAUUCAGAUACCCGCGAACAGCCGUUCCAAUGCCGAUACUGCGUGAAAAAGUACAGUCGCACAGACGUCCUUAUACGGCACGAAAAGACGGCCCAUGGGGACAAAUACGGCGCCCGACCCUCCAUUUGGGAGGUCAGCGCCGCAGCAUCGCCCACAAGUUCCCCCAUAGCACAUCAAUUCGAGCCCGCGGCCCCCGACAGCCCCGACAUGACCCACUGGCGCAGCUCCACGGACCCCAUCCAGCACGCGCUCACUGUCCAGGAUUUUACCACCCUCCAUGCGGAGGCACAUUCGGCGAGCUAUCUUAUUCCACUCUCUUCGAUGCAGACGCAGACUCCAUUACCGGCCUGUGGACAGGAGAAACUGCCGUAUGCGACUCCCGCAGCCACGGAGUUCACUGGGUGGUCGUCGCCCCGGGUGGAAGAUGCGGAUUGGCUUGGGAUGGAGGUCGAGGUGCGCAAAUUUCACGACCUGGGCUGGAAGGAGAAUCCGAGCCUGAUGCCCUGCGUUGGGCUUAACACGAGACUCGAGGGUAAUGAAAUGGCGGAGCAUGAGGCGGAGGACGGCCGUGGCGAUAGCAACGAGCUGCUGGGCUCGUUGGGUCCUAUGUUCGACCCGCUCUGGCACCCUCUUAUCACCCGCCGGGCAGCGGUCACGGGAUAUAUGCUUGAUCGACAUCAUGAUGCUCUGCAUCGCGCAGGCCUUCUGAAUACAUGA